AUGUUCAAGGCACAGGUGCUGCGACGGAGCUUCUCUCUUUUCAACCGAGUGCCGACCUCGAGGAUAGUGCAAUCUGCCGCACGCCAUGGCCACGAAACUAUAACAAUACACCGUGUACGCAUCCAAAAACCCUUCUUCAGCAGACAGCGACUCGUCGGCGCAGUCGCCGUUACAGCAGCCACGUAUGGACUCGGACAGUACCUCGGCCUUGAAAUCGAGAUCGAGGAAGAAGAGAAAGAAGAAGCAAAACAAAAGCCAGGCCGCUGGAAAAAGCAGGUCCGCAAGGAAGACGGCAGCCUUGAAGAGGUCGACGACGAAGAGGCAAACGAGGAACAAGACGAAGAGGGCGACGAGGACGAGUACGACGAUGCAAUCUUGUUUCUUCCCACGGGGUUCUCGCGAAGGAAACCACACACCUUCUACAAAGGCUCAGACCCAGAGUGGCAGGAGUUCAAAAACAUCAUCAAAGACAAGAAGAGAGUAGAGCGGAUACGGCAGGAGCUGGUGGAUACGGUCCGCACCACGGUCAGUAAAUCAGCAUAUGCUGCAAGGAUCGGGCAAGUCGACCACAAGAAAGGUCGAGCCUGGAUAGAGUUCAAUUUCCCAAAUGGUCCACCAUCAGCAUACGAACGCCCUGGCUACGAGUUGACAGAAGAUCUGGAGUGGCGCAAAGCGACACGACCAGUCGAGCCAGUCCACCAUCACCGAUUGGCUAAACUCUUCUACCCGACCGCUGCCGCUGCCGCGUUGUACCAGGAUACAAAACGAAAAGCAAAGCGUUCAUGGAAUGAUUUUGCUGUGUACAUGGGCUUGGCAGAGAAGACCGAGCCUCAUGCACUUCAGCAGCUGGUGCAGCAAACAUCAAAUCCUCUGUCCCCUACAAGCCCUGGUGCACCUCCAGCAAACGCAACUUCCCCCACGCCGUUUGGGACUUCGCUACCUGCAGCCCCACAGCAGUCUGCAGCGCAAUCUUCUCCACCAGUAAUCAGCUCUGCCAAAGAUCCUGGCUUGACUCUGCCAGAUCCAAAAGCGCUCAUCCUUGACCUUGGAAAAUUUCGACAGGACUUUCAAAAGGUGCACAAAGGCGCCUUCCAAGCUCUACCACCUGGUGUUUUCGCAGUUCUUGCCCUGGUCGAAGUGUACGGAAGCAAAGCGCGCCUGACACUGAACGUGACCGGCGUAUAUGAUCCAAAGCAUGGGCGCUAUGUGGCACUUAAAUGCGACGCAUGGAACCUGUCGCCGCAUCGACAAGCGCCGAAAGGGGGCCCAUAG